ACCGCCGAGCCUUGCGGAUGAUCUAAAUUUGCAGUCUCGCAGUAUUAAUGCGUCUUCGCAAUACUUCAUCACACUUGAAAGAAAUUUUUCUCCGUUCUAAAACACGGCGAGUAUCUCGCUUACGUUUUGACGUCAUGAUCAACAUGCCGGUCAUGGCAUCCUACGGUACGUGCAUAUCCAUGAAUGAACUGCGCAAAUAAGAACAGUGGGCCAAGUAUUGAUUACAGCGGCUAACCAUCGUCAAAGUGUAUUGUGCGUACACGUAUUUCCCAAUGUCAGAUGUUUGUGAGAAUUCGAGUUCCGUCGUGGAGGACGGAUCGCCUCCGAGAAUCGCUACUUUUUUUACGAAAAAAAUGGAUCAAGACGUUCCGAAGUUGCUGGAUCGCGAAGACGCGUUCUUCUGGCCAAAUUCUGACCCGACGGUAUGGAUGAGGUCAUGUGAACACGAAGUUAUCGAACCGAUGUCAGGGAAAAAUUUCGGCACUAUGCCCACCUGGUUGAAAGGGACUUUACUGAGGAAUGGACCGGGGAGUUUGAAAGUUGGCGAAUACAGAUUCGACCAUUUAUUCGACAGCUCAGCGCUACUGCACAGGUUUGAGAUAAAGGAUGGAAAAGUGACUUAUCAGAGACGGUUUGUCCAGACUGACGCUUACAAGAGAAAUCAUGCAGCCCAAAGGAUAGUUCUAACUGAAUUCGGAACGAGCGUCGUACCGGAUCCGUGUAGAACAAUUUUCCAAAGAGUGGCGUCUGUUUUCAACGCCGAGGACACGAUGACUGACAAUUCGAUGAUAUCGGUCUACCCAUUCGGUGAUGAAUUUUACACCUUCACCGAGGCGCCAUUCAUCCAUCGGAUAGACCCGGAGACUUUGGAAACGAAAAGCAAGCUUUGCAUAUCCAAUUACGUGGGCGUAGUUAAUCACACCGCGCAUCCGCAUGUAAUGACCGAUGGGACCGUGUAUAACCUCGGGAUGAGCAUCACGGCACGAGGACCUGCCUACAGUGUGAUUUGCUUUCCACCAAACCGCAUCACUGUCGACGAAACGGGGAACGAGAAGAAACUGUCGAUGUUCGAUCAGGCCACCAUUGUUGCGACCGUCCACUCGAGAUGGACGUUGAAUCCGUCGUACAUGCACACGUUUGGAAUAACCGACAAUUACUUUAUAAUCAUCGAACAGCCACUGUCGGUCGCAUUGCUGACCAUGGCAGUGAGUCAGUUUACAAAUGAUCGUUUAUGCAGUUGCCUCAAGUGGUACGAAAACGAAAAGACUCUGAUACACCUGAUCUCCCGGAAAACUGGUCUGAUCGAGAGAACUUUCGUAGCGGAGCCGUUCUUCUUCCUUCACAUAAUCAAUCAGUUCGAAACCAGUGACGGAAAAUAUGUUGUUUUGGAUGUUUGCUGUUACAAAGAUGCAAAAAUGCUCGACUGCAUGUACAUCGACGUUAUGAAGGACAUGCAUUCAAACCCUGACUACGCGAAGUUGUUUCGUGGCCGACCAUUGCGUUUCAUAUUGCCAAUUGUUCCUCUAACGGCUGACGUUCCUAAGGAAUACGACUUGAUCGAAGAUCCAAUCGAGUGUAGAAAUCCGGUGAUAAUUACCGACAGAGAUAAGACGAAGGAUGAAGGAAAGGCAGAUUUGAACGAGAAGUCUGCAGUAUUUGAUGGUAUUGUUCGAAAAAAAGCCACGGCGGAACGACUUUCGAAUGGAAAAGUUUUCGUCAGCCCGGAAAUGCUUUGCGAUUUAGGCUGCGAGACACCCAGGAUAAAAUAUCCUCUCGUGGGAAAAGAGUACAGAUAUUUUUACGCCAUAUCUAGCGAUGUUGAUAUGGACAAUCCAGGAACGAUCAUCAAAGUGGAUACUGUCACGAAAACUACGAAAACUUGGUGCGAGAAUAACGUUUUUCCUAGUGAGCCGAUAUUCGUUCCAAAUCCAAACGGAAAGAAAGAAGACGAUGGUGUCAUAGUUUCGGCUCUUAUCUGGGGACAAGAUCGAGAAACUGAGGUUGGGCUGUUGGUGUUGGAUGCAGAAACGUUGGAGGAAAUAGCUCGUUCGACGUUCGAUACGCCGGGACCAGUGCCGAAAUGUUUGCACGGUUGGUUUGACUUGAAAAUAUAAAACUCAAACCGCAGAUGUUCCUUGCCACACAGUUUCUACAGUUUGGUAAUAUCGCAGAAGUUUUGUUUCUCCGGGCACCAAAUGUUCCGCAUGUUACUGCGGAAAGUCUUGUGGCUACAUAUGUUCUCAUUAUCAUCAACGAAGAUUAACAGCAGCCAGACAGAAAGCAUGAAACGAACCAAAGCACAGACCCUCAGAUUGCCAGUAACAUAUUGUACUUUAUGGUUAUGCAUAUUGAGAGGGAGAGGUGAAACUUAACACACUAAUCUCCUGACUAAACUCGCGAGCUUUGUCAGAUUUUCAUCCAGGGUGGCCACGUCAAGCUUCAGCUGUCAAAUGCAACUUAUAGAGGUUAUGGAGGUGAUGCGAAUUUUUUUAAGCCAACCUCAAAUAGAUAAUGUAGUGAUUCGAAAAAGGCAAACUUUCAUUGUUUACCGGGUGACUGGUAAUGAUGCAUAUGUGAACAUUUUUGAAUAACGGUUAUUUUUCGAUGAAUUUUGACCAAAAUUGGUACACCACCGGUUUGGUGGUCGCUGAAUCCGAAUUCGAAAACAGAAUUGCAAAAUUCGAUAUGAGAAUUUAAAAUGGCGGCUUUAAGUACCGGUAAUUAUGACUAAGCAUCGGCACCUUUGUACCAGAAAGUCAAGCAGUGGAAUUAAUCUUUUGAAACUUGUUACUUGGGGGCUUAUGGGGUCGCUGAUGAUGAGUCCGUUAUCAGAAUAGAAGAAUCGCAAAACGGAGAGUCCAAAAUGGU